GCUGAUGUAUGAUAUGCAGACAACAAAAAAAUUUGAAAGCAUGUUACGUGGAGAUCUUACAGAUUUACCUCCCUUGCCAAGGACUAUGGUCAAGAUUUUUCUCAGCUCUACUUUCUCUGACAUGAGAGCAGAGAGAAAUAUUCUAGCAAGAGAAGUUUACCCUCAACUUCAGAACUUUUGUGCUUUACGUGACCUUGACUUUCAGGCAGUAGAUAUGAGAUGGGGCGUCACGAAUGACAGUACCAAUGAUCACGCCGUGGAAAAACUUUGUCUUCUUGAAAUUGAAAACUGUCAAAAUACGUCAGUUGGCCCAAACUUUGUUGUACUUUCGGGUGACAGGUACGGAUAUCGCCCAAUUCCAGUAAAUAUUGACGUUGAAACGUUUGAAAUAAUUAAAUAUGAAGCCAAAAAACUUAACCUCCAAAACAGAGAGUUGUUAGACGAGUGGUAUAAACUGGACAAAAACUCAAUCCCUGCUACCUAUAUCUUGCAGCCAAUCCGGUUUAAAUUUAAAUUCUUUGGAGACUUCUCGCCGGGCUCUGAUAAACUGAGAGAAAGAGACACUACUGAGUGGUCGAAAACCUUUGAAAAAUUACAGAUUUUAUUGAGGAAAGCAGUAGAUGAAGCAUUCAAGGAUAAAAUGGUUACAGCUGAAAGAAAACAGGAGUUCUUCCAGUCAGUGACAGAAAGUGAAAUUCAAGAUGGUAUAUUAAAGGCAACAGAUGUAAAUUCGCAUUGUCUGGUGUAUAAAAGAAGGUUAAGGCAUUUGCAUGGAGCUGGACUUAAUGAUAACGACACGCCCAGAUACAUAGAUGUCAUCAAAUCGGAGAAGGGAAAUGUGCUCGACGAAGAAACUGAAAAUCUUAAAGUGACACUUUUUGACGAUAAAAUUAAGAAAAAACUGGAUCCAGUAAAUAUCAAAGAAUACAGCAUUCACUGGAUGCCAGGGGGAGUAAAUCUUGACGGAAAUGACGAACACCGGGAAUACCUAGCCUCAUUUUGUAAAGAUUUCAUUGCGGACUGUAAAAGGCUUAUACAAACAGCAGAAGAAGAAAAUAAAAGAAAGUCAAUUAAGCAGUCAAACUAUUACACUGAUUAUAACAGCACGAUCCAUCAUCUGAGAUUUUGUUUAUCAAAAUGUGAAUCAUUUUGCGGACAGGAGCAGGUAUUAAAAGCAGCGAAGUCCUAUAUUUUGGACAAGACUGGACGAACACCUUUGGUUCUUUAUGCCCCGUCUGGAGCUGGUAAAACGUCUACCAUGGCUAUGAUCAUGAAGUGCAUUCCAGAAUGGCUUAACAAUGCUUCACACCUAAGACUGAUCAGAUUCCUUGGAACUUCGCCCCAGUGCAACAAUGUUUACGAUUUGUUAGUUGAUAUUCUUGGCCAAUUAUCGGAUGUGUAUGGCAUGAUCGUGUCUCCACACAGCUGCAAAACUAUGAAGAAAAUUGUACAGUUUGCACCAAUAUACAUAAGACAGGUUGCAAACAAUUCAAAGGAGCCAAUUAUUAUAUUACUCGAUUCCUUAGAUCAACUAGAUUCAAGAAACAACGCUUACUCUAUGGACUGGCUGCCGAUUGUCCUUCCACAAAACGUAAAACUCAUCGUCUCUACACUUCCAAAUGAUCAUGGUGUGCUUGCAAACUUAAAAAAGCGCCUACCUAACCAGGAAUGUUAUAUUGAGGUACCCGAACUGACGGAACAAACUAGAAAACAGAUCAUUCAAACUUACUUACAAGUGCAUAGCCGUUCACUCACGGACAGUCAGAUGAAGUUCUUUUGUUCCAUAUUUAAGCAAACUCCAAGUCCACUGUACUUGAAACUUCUUCUAGACGAAGCAAGGAAAUGGAAAUCGUACACUCCUCAAGCUGAAGUUGAACUAGUGUCAACUGUAAAAGAAGCAAUCAACAAACUGUUCCAAAAUCUUGCAAAAAGAUUUGGUACUCUACUGGUCACUCACGCACUUGGUUAUUUAACAGUAGGUUUGGCAGGACUUACGGAAUUUGAGAUUGACGAUGCAUUAUCGUGUGAUGACGACGUUCUAAAUGAAGUGUACAAAUUUCAUGAUCCACCAGUUCCAGGAAUCGUCCAAAUACCGCCAUUGCUAUGGGCAAGAAUAUGGUAUGAUAUUCGUGGAUAUCUUGUUGAGAGAAUGUCGUUUCGCAAGAAGACUCUUUACUGGUAUCAUCGGGAAUUUGUACAUGUCGCUACUGAAAUGUAUGCAAAAGGAGACAAUGAGGCACUCCUCAACAAAACUUUGUUUGAGAUAUAUCGCCAGGAAAAUGGAAUCAAACGGACCAUUAUACUGGAGAACCGAAAUCGGCUAGAAAUAAGAGAUGCUGACAGGCAAGUUACUCCCCAACCAUACAAAGCUGACAAUAAGCGCAAACUGGCGUGCUUACCGUAUCAUACAAUACGUGCAUAUAAAGCAAUAGGGAUAGACCGUGCAAAAGCACAAGUAUACUGCAAUUUAAAAUAUUUACAUGCCAAAAUAACAGUAUUUUCUGUCUCGGCUGUUAUAAAUGACCUUAGAGACUUCGUUGAUGAGAGCAAGGAUGAGGAGGUGCAAUUACUACUGCAAUUCAUUUCGAAUUGCAAACAGGAUUUGACUGAUCAAAUCCGGUUUGCCUUUUGCUUGUUGGCGUAUGUCAAUCCAGAAAACAAGCAUUACCAAUUAAAGGUCUUGUUGAGUGAAGCAGCUGAUAUUCUCAAGUCAAGGAAAAAGCAAAUACUAAUUCCUGAUUUUCCAUGUCUUGCACAAAGACAUGAUGCAUCAAAUGCCUUUCAAACGUCUAUCCAAGGAAUAUCGGAUAUCAUUGCUAUAUCCAACAGCAAUGUCUUGCUGCGAAAAGCAACAGAAAUGAAUAUACUCUCAAAUGAAACUGAAGAAUGCAAAAGCCAGUCGGACAUUUCCGUAUGGAGUACAGAGACAGAAGAAAUGAUAGAUAUAAUGAUACAAGACCACGCAAAACCAGUGGGUCAAUAUAUACUCGGUAAUGAGUAUUUGUAUUACAUUACAAAAGAUGCAGUCGUUCAGUACAGGUUUACAGACAGUAAAACGGAAACGGUUUUGUUUACUGAUAUUUAUACUGAAUGGACAAGCAAUGAUUGUGUGUAUAAUAUAUUUGCAAAUUCGGAGGCCACUGCAGGGGUGCUUGUACAAGACUGCUCGAUUACUUUGAUAACUCUUGCAAGAUUUGAACAAUUGCAAAAGUUUAAAAUUCCCAAUAGAAAUCUUAAAAUAGAGAAUGUGUUUGUGCUCAGCAGUGGCCAAAAACUGAUUGCAGUAGGCAAAACUCGCAGAUCACCUAAAGAAAAUCAGCGACAGGACUGGGAAUACAACUUUUCUGUCUUGGUAUUUGAACGAGGCAAAGAUCUUCCGAUACCAAUACUUGAGUGUGAUAAACACUUAGAUUGUACAAAGGCAGUCCUGUCUUGCAGUGAACAAUGGUUGCUCAUACCUACAAAAAGAGUAUUGGCAACAACAACAUUUGAAGCGCAAACAUCACCCGCACAGUCGGAAUCAUGUGGUCAAUUAUUUGUCUUUGACAUUAGUGAAAAAUACAUCACACCGAAAGAAAUAAAAACUUCGUCGGAAAUAAGCAGGAUAUCAGUUCAUCCAGAGACUGGAAAAUAUAUUUAUCUAACAAGCAAUGGGCAGAUUUUUAGUGUGAUAGCACAAACAAUAGAUCUAGAACUACUUUUGGGUUUUACAGUAAAUGCCUUUAGUAUUUCUUGGGAUGAUGAAAUAGGAUUAUUUUGUUCAAAAGGAAGAAAACUGGCCAUGUACGACUUAAAAUCUGAUAAUGUCCUUGUUGAAUUUGUUGCACAUUCAAACAGGAUAAAGGAUAUUUGUGUUUUGGAUCAGCAAUUUAUUACGCUCGGAGAUGAUAGUGAAAUGAAAUCCUGGUCUGUCAAAAUUCUUCUUCAAGACACAAGCAAAGAUAAUGAUAAUGGUACAGAUGUUACAGAAAUGAAAAACACGCUCCAAAAGCAAACAAAUGUUGUGGCCAUAUCACCAUCAUACAAUGGAAAUGAGUUGAUAACAAGUCAUGAUGAUCACCUUGUAAAAGUGUGGUCUGUUGAAUCCCAAAAGUUUCUUCGGCAGUAUAAUAUUGGAAUAGCUGCAGAUAUUGUCCAUACAUUCCCGAAUAGCUCAGUUACAUUUCAUGAUACAAAGGACGGUAAAAUGAAGAUUCUAGCUAUAAAUACAGGACAAGUGACACUUCAACUGCCAGACACAAUCCACAAUUGUGUACAUUCAACUGCCGAUAGAAAGGAUAACUUAUACAUUAUUAGCUCACCUAGGAAGGGAGCGGAACAAAUUGAUAUUGUUAGUAUCAGCCGGAGGUUGGUUUUGAGAACUAUACAUUUACAAAAAGGAUUAUCUUACAGCAGUAUCGACGCAGUUCUUUCUUUCAACGAAAGAUAUCUUGUACUACGCCUGCUGAUGCCAAAACGAGAUUUUGAUGCUGUCAAGGAGUUAUAUCAUGAGGAAUUUCGUUGGAAGAAAUAUGACUUCAGCGGACAAUAUCAUCGGUACAGAUUUACAGCGGUAGCAUUAUCAGAAGGUACUGGGGCGCUCAUACCGUGCAAUGAAAUUGUUGAUAAAGUACCCUUGCUUGGUGUAUUCGUGCAAGCUUAUAGGGGCAAUAUUAUGCUGAUUUCGACAGGAAGCUGCAUUGUAUUUUGGGACAUACCCACUGGAAGGUGUGAUCGUAAUAAACCAUCCAAACUACAAAAGAAGCCUAUGUUCUAUCGUCCAGCUUGGAUUGGGAGAGGAAAUACGGUAGCAACCCGACUAGUUGUCCAGUCAGCUGACAAGAAAUAUGUAAUAUGUGGAUCUGAUGACGGAUAUGUAUUUGUUUAUGACUCUCAAACAGGGUUGCCUGUGUGUAACCGAAAGCCACUGUCAAAGCAUAAUGCAAAGGUUCAAAGUGUUGUCGUCUCACCAAACAGUAAAUUGAUAGCUUCCUCUUGUGAAAAUAGUGUUCUCAAACUGUGGGAAGCGUCCACGGGUGUGGAGCAAUUUUCUAUUCAUUUAGAUUCCAACGUAAAGGGGAUGUCUUUUAUGCCUGACUCAAGAAGACUCGUUCUGUAUACAGGGACAUUUACAACAAGGAUUUUGUUGUUUUCCGUUGCAUGAGGAAAGACAGAUUUUGUGGCAGAAGACAAAAUGCGAGAAACUGCUAUUUAUGAGCCUUCUUACUAGAACUGUUAAGAAGCAUUGUAAUAGUCAAGAAAUGAAAUACAACUAAAUAAAGUUGAUAAGUGCAUCAUCAUCGUGAUAAGCGCAGGAAAACAAUCUUAUUUUGCGAAAAAUUUUGAACUUCGAACUUUGAAAUUCCACACUGAAAAAAACAAGCUGUUUAACACUAUUGCGAAGUAAAUGGUUGAAAAGCGUUCUAACACAAUUCGGUUUACUUUCCUAUUAAAGAAUGAAAACGGAAACUACGUGUUAUUUUGAAAAAAGAUCAUCACCGUUUGUACAUCACUAUUAUUACGACAUAGCGUCAAACGUCAUCGGGGAUGCGCUUGAAAAGGAAACCCACGAAAAAUAGGCAAAUAUUUAGUGGAUAGCGUCAAUGAUGUAGAUGAUUAUUCUUGAUGUCUAUUAGAAUCUAAAUAAUAUAUCUCAAACAGUGAUUUUUCUCUUGAAUAAAAUCAUUGUCUUCCAAAUGCGUAUUAUUUUAUCAUUUGGUCUGCGCCCCUAUAAUAUAAGUCGCACCUUAAAAAAUAUUAUAACUCAGAACAAUGAUUUUUUUCAACGACAGAUCAUUACUUGAGAUACCUUGUUUUCAUUAUUAUAUUCAUUAUUAUUACUCUCAUUCUAAUCAAGUUGUAUUGCUGGUGUUUAUGGCAUUGAAUUUAUUGAUUCUUUUGAUAGUGUAAGAAUACUUUUUAACUUUUUAAUCAUUAGAUACUGCUUUUAGUAUUAAGCCUGAUAGUUGCUGCGAAAGAUUGUUACACUUGUGCCCACAUACCGUAUGUAUUUGUUAAUUUUGUUAUUAUUUGCAAACACAUAAACAGUAAGUAACUAUGCAUAUAACAAUUUUAGUAAAUUUCUGAUAUUCAUAUGACAAAUACGGAGGAUUUAACAAUGAUUCUGGAACGCUGGUAAUAGCGUCUGACAUACAAAGAACACAGACUAUUGUAACAAUUGCAUUCUAGAUAAUACCAAAGUACUUUUCUAUUAUUGUUAUUUUAUACAAUGUCACUGUAGAAUAUUUAAGAAAAACAACAAAUGAAAGACAUGAUGAUGAGUGCACCAACUAGUCCAAUAAUAAGCUAGUUUAUAAUCUGAUCAUCAUCAUGAGAAUGUUGUAAAACUUUAAAAUUCAAGUUUUCAUCAAAAAAAUUUAACGAUGUGGAACAGUAUUAAUUACAAAGUACUUAUUAUAAUUAUCAUUGGACCUAUUCAAUCACUAGUUGAAAUACUUUCCAUUGGUCUAAGUAUAGUCACAGGACCAAUGAUAAAAUGGUCGUAUUAACUCGUACGCACAGCAAAGGGAUAUUAUUAAAGGUCAUAACAAUAUGACGUCGCAUGCAGUACAGGACCAAAAUACAAAAACAAAUGAUCAACCAUUGCAAAUGUUUUGAUCUCUUUACUCUUUUCUGAAAUAAAUAUUUGUUACCCUUUAGUUCGGUCAAUUAGAUUACCGGCCAGGGAAAAGUGAUAUCGACCUAUGGCUGUGCUCUCUAUCAAUAUCAAUAUUUUCAGGUCGAUAAAUUUCAUAUCGACCUCACUUUAAAGCCAUAAUGGUGUAUUAUUGAUAGGUGUAGUAAUAGUAUUAUUUUUUCUUAUUACUGAUAAGUAUUGUUGAAAGUAAUUCUAUUGUUUGUGUGGAAUUUUAGGUUUUGUUGUGUCAUAUUUAACAUAAUCAAUAUUCAGCCUGUAAGUCGGAACAAAAUGGAUUUUUUCACACUUUUGCACAUAUGCAAUAUGCAGUCACGUAACUUCAGCCUAGUAUUAACUUUGACAUUAUUUAAUGAAUUGUUACCCAUUCAUAUUUUGUUUCUUUUUUAAUUGAUGUACUAUAGCAGAGUCGUAUCUUAAUGUAAAAUAAGUCAUUAUCUCCAGUGUUCAUAUAUCUAUUGGGUUGAAAACUGAGUUUACAAAUUUGUAUUUAAAAUGAUCAAAUUUCAGGAUUUACUGUUAUUCUUUUAGUGUUAUUUUCAGAAGUAUGAUUCUACAAUAUUACUGACAGGAUAUGAUUAGUUACACUGCUUGUUGGUGACAGGAUACGGGAUAUACGCUGUCGGGGAAAUCAAUAUUAGGCGAGAGCGAAUGAUAUGGAUUUUCGAGACAGCGUAUAUCCCGAAUCCUGUCACCAACAAGCAGUGUAACGAUUUUAUCUUGCCGACUACCUUUUACAUCCUCGCUGUAAUUGACAUAAUGUUUAUAUUAAUAAAGCUACUUACAGUUACAGUGUAGACUGGAAUCCUACAAUCUUCUCUGGUCAUCAUGCUUUGAUUAUAGUUGAAUGUGUUGAUUAACACCAGCCAUAAAAUGUAAAAUGAACUGUAUUUUGACUGAAUCACAAAACACAGAAGCUCAUUUAUACAGGUUAUGAACUGGUUUUGAAAAACUUUUUUUGUUCCAUCCUUACGAUGUCAGAAAUGUCUUAAAUAUGUUAAUUCCUUUGCUUUACGAUGAUUUAACUAAAACAACAUUUCAACCUGGCAAUCGCGGCCGUCCCAUACAGAGCUACUGUUCUUCUAUUGCCACUAACCACGAACCUAAUUUAGAUAGGAACAAAAAAGAACGGCAAAAACACUAAAUUCUUAUAUCUCUGAAACAAUAUCUAUAGCUGGAGCUUAUAAUCCGACUUGAUUCAAUUACGCUAGCGAUGCGGCAUCCAUUUUGUUUUUAGUCAAAAUUCAUAUCUGAAAUGUACUAGCAGAAUAUGGAAUAUAUCCUGUCUCCACGUGACGUCUAUUGACCAAUAGAAAUGCAAGAAUCUUGUAGGAGGCAAGAUAAGAACAUAUAUUUUAGUACCUUAAAAUGCAUUCUGUCCAUUUAUGAACGUAUUAAGUUCGAUUUUUUUCAUGUGAUACAGCUAUGAUGCAAUCAUACACUGAAACAAACAAAAAUCGUCUAUAUACAGUGCAGGUAGUCGCAUUUUUUUCAGGCUUGAAUUACGAAUAAGUUAUAGUAUUAGGAACAGUGUGACGAAUUAAUUAAAAAGAUGAGACGAAUUAAUGCAAUAUGUCAAUUUAUAUAAUGCAAAUAGUGGAUCAUUACUAAACAUUACUAUACAAUAACGCUGAUUUAGCUUAAAUUUACUCAUGGUUAAAUCAUUGCUUCAGUGUACAAUUGAAUAAGCAAACGAUGUGUCGUUGAUAGUAUUUAGUAACACAUAUAAAAGUUUAUAUAUAAUAAACAUUGCAUAGUGUUAUAUAUAACUGUAAUGUAUUAAAUGUAUGUUAGAUCCAUUGCACUUUUUGAAAAAAAAACAGCGUUAUGGCUUCCAUAUUAUCCAGUGAGUGAAGUUUUGUAUCUUUUUACAGAUCUUGUUAUAGUAUUUGCAUUAUGCAGUUUGUUAUCAUUGUGUUCAUUCCCAUAUUGUAUUAUUUCUUUUUUUUUUUUUUUCUUUUUUUUUU